AUGGUCUACGGGAAGGAGGAUGGUCUAUGGGAAGGAGGUUACACCGUUGUCUCUCUGCUGCUUUGUUAUUUGGUCACAAUCCUGGAUAGUGCUACAGCCCAUGCCUCUAUAUUGACGCUACUCGCCAUAGCAGUGGAGCGUUAUUACGUCAUCUGUAUGCCGUUCAAAGCUAACUAUACGUGCACGUCCAAACGGACACUCAUUAUUUGCUGCCUGGUCUGGCUCAUUGCUUUUAUAAGUAGUGUUCCACUAGCCCUUACUGUUGUAUAUAGCAACACAGAAGCGGGCUGUGUCUGUGGCAGCUUCGCCAAUACCACCUUGAAAGAAGCCUACGUUGGGGGCAUAGCCGUCGGAUUUUUCCUCCUCCCAUGCGCGUUCAUGGCUAUCAUAUACUGCGUCAUCGCCAACACGCUCCGUAAACACGAUAACUACAUGGCUUCAAUCCGGAACAAAGAGUCUUUAGGACCGGCUUCGGGAACACCGGUAUACCGGGAAGGUCGACUUGUCGAACUAGCCACCAUGCCGAGAAAGAACAGCGGCGAUUCCAUGGUGGAAAAUAACUACGUCCCGUUGAAGAAUCACGUGACCAGUAACUCAACCAAUGAGGAGCACGAGCCAACGGUUGCGUUCAUUGAAAACGAGGCCAAUCACGAGGCUGCUAUGAGGCCCUCCAAUCAGUCCUCUUCAAACAACACAUGUCAGAAUCUAGCCAAUGCAGCCACCAGACAGGCACACCGCCGUGUUGUUCUCAUGAUGGCCAGCGUGGUCGCUGUGUUCUUUCUGUGUUGGUUCCCAAUGCGUACCGUUAUCCUAUGGCAGAUCUUUGCGCCCAAGGAGUCGAUCCGAGCCUGGCUGGGGGCGAACAUGCAUACGUUCCAGGUCAUGAUCGCCAUAUUCCGGAUCCUGGUGUACAUCAACUCAGCCAUCAAUCCAAUCUUGUACAACCUGAUCUCAAGCAAGUUCCGGGUUGCGUUCCGGUCAGUCAUACGGUGUGAGAACGCAAGACGCGCCAGGAGCAAAAGACUAGGUGUACGUUCUACCAUGGUCGUUCAUCCAAUACCGAAAUGGGACCAUCGUGACGUCAACAGACCUGCGCAAUGCUGUUCAUAGACGUAAUAGUUUGCGGCUAUAAUCCAGUCACGUGGUGCAUGACGUAGGGACUCACUCAGGUUGCCCAUUUUUACGGAUUCCCAAUCAAAUAAAUUCAACAUUAUGUAAAUUGUAUAUACUGUUUUCUAGGACCUGCUACUCGCCACGAGUAAUGUUCGUUUUAAAGUGACAAUUCUAGCCUAAAUGUCAUAGUUUGUUGAUAUUUCACUAUCAAAUUGUAUACGCAUUACAUUUUAUUCAAGUGACGUCAAAUGUUGUGUGAUUUCAUGCGUGGACUCUCUGGUUUAAAGCUCUACGUCGGUUUUGUUGUAGCCCCAAUAGUAGUACCAAGUGACCGUAUUUCGUUCGCCAUUUUGUUUUGUGAUACCCAACAGCUACACAGCACACUUGCCUUGGUAUACUUGUCCUUUCAAGAUGACCAUGACAUUUGGUGAUCAAAACAAACUACUAAUCAAACUUAUUAAGGAUCAGAGAAAAGAUAUACAGUUUGUCACAACAGUUAUGUUUAGCACCAAAAGCAACCGCAUAGAUGAAGGUUGAACAUUAUUCACUUAACUUGCACAACCGAGUCACCCGCACGAACAACUCGUAAACAAGAAAUGAGUUAUUGUGACAUUUUACGAAAAGCAACAAUAUGUUUGUAAGCAGUUUGGUAUGAAAUUUGAAAUCUGUGACAAAUCAUACGUAUGUUUCUUCAUGGACAUCUAAUCUUAUAGCCUUGAACAUAACGGCAAUUAUUUCCACUGUUCACAUCGAGUCUAACUCAAAAUUGCGAGGUGCAUUUUCAGCAAUUUCGCUUUUACUUCAUGUCAUAUUAAAGUCAAAACUAAUGAAGGUUUGCAUUAUCGUAAAUUAGGGGUUAUGUGUGCUUGUAUAAUUCAUAAUGGUUGUAAAUAUGAAAACAAUAAUUAAUAUAAUUGAUAUUUCCUUUCAACAAAAUUGUACAUUUGCUUCACUUUGUAUAAUAUUACCAAAGUAGAAUGGCAUCUUAUUCGAGCUUGGUAAACUCAUGUGUUUGUGUCUGGUUACGCUAUAAAGGCAAUGAAAUGUAUAUUCAUAUAUUGUUUAAGUUAUGUGUAAUAUUAAUAGGAGUAUUUAGAGAUCACCCACAGCGUUGUUAUUAGCACUAUGUAAAAUACUAAAAGCUCCACACUUCUAGAUAAAGUUAAGAUAAUCUGUAAAAAUGUAAAUAAUAUUAAAUUUCAGUAUAGACAAAUGUAGCAGUAACAAUGUAAACUAAUAUUUGUGCCAACUUCAAUGAUUGAUUGGAAAUUGUUUAUUACAACUGUUUCCAAACAAAACUUUGUUUAGUGUAGCCUAUAAUCUCUUUUCAUGGUUUAGGUACUUUUUGUACGACACAAAACUCAAACGACCACAGAUUUAUUUUAAACUUACACGGUUUAAAGAUGAUGAUUGUAGCAAGCUUCCCUUAUCAUAUUACUUUCUGGGGUGCUGUAGUUUUUCAGAAAUAGUAAAGCAACAAUAAUUUGUGAGUCAGUGAGACGAAAUUAUUGAUUGAUGCGACUCUAUUGAGAACAGUACUCUGUGGUCUUUACUUUGUUCUCAACAACUUGACGACUAAUGAAGUUGAAAGAUACAGUGAGUUGGGAUUCAUGUCAUGACCAAAAACUUGAUUUACAAAAGGUAUCGAAACCCUUUAAGGUACAUGAAUCUGGACCCCUGGUAAUAAUGAUAUACCCGUCCGUUGCAGGAUGAGAAAAAGGGGGCUAAAAGUAGGCUCGACUCAAUUAUUGAAUAAAUUGAUUCGUUGAUGUGAACUGAUGAGGGGGUGAGAAAUGAGCUGUCUCGACCUGCAAUGGACUUCUCGAAGUUCCCAGGUUAUUUUAUUAAGAAAAAUCUGCUCUUUCUGGAUCCAAUUUAUGUGCAGGCAAGACAUGGACACGUCUUGUGAAGUAAAUGAAUUGACUCUUUGCUCGUGUCCAAAUAUUUAUAGUUCGGAACAUAAAUAAACAUGCAGUGACUCUCAAGUUGCUAAUCAACCAUGUCUACGAUGUGCUAUUCUUCUCUAUACGCCGGCAGCACAAAAUAUAGAAUAAUUUUAUCUGGAAAAGAUUUUUUGUAUAAACUAAGUAAAUCAGUGUAUUCGAGUCUGUGUAUAUACUGUUAAAAACGUAACUCUGUUGGAUAAACUUGUGCGUAUAGAACUUAUGGAAGCAGGCCUAAAGUAGGAUAACUGAACUUAAAACAACACAAACGGUGUGUAACUUGUGCUGCCGCUAUUAUAAAAAUGUAGUAUAACUUGCUCUCCUCAUUUUGUGUGGAAGUUGUAUGCGAGAUACCUUCCAACAGUGUACAUUUUCUAUAUAAUAUUAUUAAAGAGUCAUUAAGAAUA